AUGAGCGGGGCCGGCGCGGCGCGGGAGGCGGCGGGCGCGGCGCGGGGGCCGCGCGUGGACGGGCUGCCGCCGCCGCCGCGGGGCCUGAGCGGGCUGCUGCGCUCGGCGGCGGGCGGCGCGGGCGGCUGGCGGCGCCUGGAGCGGCUGUACGCGCAGAAGUCGCGCAUCCAGGACGAGCUGAGCCGCGGCGGGGGCGGCGGAGCCCGGAGCGAGGCGCGGCCCCCCAAGCCCCCCAACCUGGACGCCGCGCUCGCCCUGCUGCGCAAGGAGAUGGUCGGCCUCCGGCAGCUGGACAUGUCGCUGCUCUGCCAGCUGUACAGCCUCUACGAGUCCAUCCAGGAGUUCAAGGGCGCGUGCCAGGCGGCCGCCAGCCCCGACGGCGCCUACGCCCUGGAGAAUGGCUUCUUUGAGGAAGAGGAGGAGGAGAUGGAGUUCUUCCAGGAGCCCGGCCUGCCCAGGGACCCAGUGGGUCCCCUCUCCGGCAGCGACUGGAUUCUGGAGUCCAUCUAG